AUGCUUGAUGAAGAAGGAGAACCCAUGGGUUCCAGAACAGUCAGCAAGGCUGUUGAAGAGGCAGGCAUGUUUCAUGAACUUAAUGAUGAAAUUGCAGCACUCGUUGCAGCCAAUGACGCAACACAAACAUUUAUCGAUCAUCUGGAAGAAACAAGCAAACAUAUCGAGGACAACUGUAGAAGCCAAAAACAAAUCAUGUGUGAAAAGAUUGACUCCCUAAUUGCAAUCUUGGAAGAAAGAAAACAGCAAAUGAUGCAAAAAAUCACAAGUGAACAAGAGGAAAAAAUGACCCACUGCAAAUCCUUGAUAAAAUCAUAUGCUGAACGUAUCCAGUCCAUGUCUAAGCUUGUAGAGACUGCUCUACAAUCCUUGGAAGAACCGCAAAUGGCAGUCUUUUUGCAGAAUGCAAAGAUAUUGACAGCUAAACUUUCAGAGGCAACAAGAGCAUCAGUGAUUGAAGAUUUGGAGCAUAACUAUGAAAAUAUGAAUCACUACAAUGUAGAUGUUGAGAAGGAACAGAAUCUGCUCCAAACAAUUAAUUUCCACAAAGUUGAAGAGCAAACUGAAGAAGGAGUUGAAGAUGAGGAAGGUGCAGCAGAGAAGAAUGAAGACACUGAAAUUGUGGCUGGACAUUUAGAAAUGCCUAGGACAGAACCUUCAGAUAUUAUCACCAAAGUCUUUACCAUGGAGAAAUCUAAUGAUGAAUCUGAAGAUAGUGUGGCUAAAAUCCAUUUCACAACAGAACCCACCACAGAAACUUUAGGAACUCCAGAUAUUUUUUCUUCAAAUCAAGAUCCCAACAUUGCAGGUUCUGUGGAUAAAGUUCAGCAGGAGGAAAAGGCCGAUCCUGAAUCAUCAGGUGAAAUCUUUGAAGUUCAUGAAGUGGAAGAACCCAGUGCUGAGUGCUCAGGUCCUUUGUUUGAAGGUCAGGAAGAAGAAGGGUCCAUUACUGAGACUCCAGUUGUUGUGGUUGAGGUUGCUGAGAAGGGAGAGUCCAAUGCUGAGUCUGCAGGUAGUGGGUUCGAUGUCUCUGAGGAGAGCAAACCUGUUUCUGAGUGUCCAGGUGCUGUGGCUGAGAUCCCAGAGGAAGGAGGGUCCAGCUCUCAAUCUCCAGGUGAUGUGGCUGAGGUCCCAGAGGAAGAAGGGUCCAGCUCUCAAUCUCCAGGUGAUGUGGCUGAAGUCCCAGAGGAAGGAGGAUCCAGUUCUCAAUCUCCAGGUGCUGUGGCUGAAGUUCCAGAGGAAGGAGGAUCCAGCUCUCAAUCUCCAGGUGAUGUGGCUGAAGUCCCAGAGGAAGGAUGGUCCAGCUCUCAAUCUCCAGGUGCCGUGGCUGAAGUCCCAGAGGAAGGAUGGUCCAGCUCUCAAUCUCCAGGUGCCGUGGCUGAAGUUCCAGAGGAAGGAGGGUCCAGCUCUCAAUCUCCAGGUGCUGUGGCUGAGGUCCCAGAGGAAGAAGGGUCCAGCUCUCAAUCUCCAGGUGAUGUGGCUGAAGUCCCAGAGGAAGGAGGGUCCAGCUCUCAAUCUCCAGGUGCCGUGGCUGAAGUUCCAGAGGAAGGAGGGUCCAGCUCUCAAUCUCCAGGUGCCAUGGCUGAGGUCCCAGAGGAAGGAGGGUCCAGCUCUCAAUCUUCAGGUGCUGUAACUCGGGUCCCAGAGGAAGAAGGGUCCAGCUCUGAGUGUUCAGGUGCUGAGGCUAAGGUCCCUGAAGAGGAAGAGGAAACCAUCCCUGAAUCUUCGGAUGCUGUGAUCAAAGUCCAUAAAGAGGAAGAGUUCAGCUCUGAAUCUCCAGAUACUGUGGCUGAAGUCUCUAAUGUGAAAGAGACCAGCUGUGAGUUUCCAGGUGCUAUAGCUAAGGUCCAAGAGGGAAAAGAGUCCAGCCCUGAAUGUCCAAGUGGUGUAGCUGAAGUUCCAAAAGAGAAAGAAACCAGCUCUGAAUCUCCGGGUACUGUGGAUGAUGUCUCUAAAAAGAAAGAGCCCAACUCUGACUCAUUGGAUGUUACAGAUGAAGUCCCUGAGGAAAAAGAGUCCACCUCUGAGUGUUCAGGUGCUGAGGCUAUGAUCCCUGAAGAGGAAGAGAAAACCAUCCCUGAGGCUUCAGAUGCUGUGGGUGAAGUCUCUAAAGAUGAAGAACUCAGUUCUGAAUCUUCAGGUGCUGUGGGUAAGGUCUCAGAAGGAAAAUACACCAUCUCUGAGUCUUCAGGUGCUGUGGCUGAAGUCCCAGAGGAAAAAAUGACCAUCAGUGAAACUCCAGGCGCUGUGGCUGAUGUCCAUAAAGAGAAUGAGGAACCCCGUCCUGUGUCUUCAGCUGCUGCAGAUGGGAUCUCAAAGGAAAAAGAGUUGAAUCCUGAAUCUUCAGAUGCUACGGCUGAUGUCUCUGAGGAGUCUAAUGCAUAUACAAUUACAAUGGCAGAAAUUUCAGAAAAGGAGACCAAUUUUGAGUCUUCAGGUGUUGUGGCUGAUGUCUAUACAAAGUCCUCAGAUGCAGCGGGUGAUGUUCCUCCUGAGGAAGUUUUGAAUAAUGCAUCUCAUUUUGUAAAGGAUGAAGGCCUUUCAACAGAGGAUCUUGUAAAUGUAAUUCCUGAAACAAAAGAAUCCAAUGAGACAUUCCUAGAUGUUCCAAAUGCAGCCUCUAACAUGGAAGAAAAUCAUAUGUUGACUGCAGAUACUGAGGAAUCAGCAAAAAAAAUCCUUACUUCUACAACUCUACUUCUUCCAGACAAAGUCUCUGUCAUAGAAGAAUCUAUAGUUGAACCUCCAGGUAGUACAAUUGCCAUAUCUACAAAGCAAGAGCUUAAUGAUCCACUUUCAGAUACUGUCAAUGCCAUGGAUUCCAUUACGGCAUCUCCAAUUGUUAUACAUAGUGUAUGCCCAAUAGGCGAAUCAGAAGUGGCAUCUUCAUGUAUGGUGGAUGGAAUUCCUCCAGGUGUAGAACCAAUUAUUCCACUAAUAGAUGUUGAAGCCUGUAAAUUAGGACAAGAAAAAACUGAAGUUGAGGAAUUUGAAGCAAUUGUACAGCAGGAUGCUAUAUUAAGUGGAAGUUUUAAUGCUGAUGAUUUAAAAAUGACACAAUUGUUGGAAGUGGUUGAUGAAGAAAUCAAACUGUACCCAGGGGGGCAAAAAUGUGAUUCAUGGCAUGUGAUUAAUUCCUCUGGGCUUGCUCCAAAUGCCGCCCAGCAUGUCACCUGUCAAGAUCAGAUUGAGCCAACAUCAACAACAAAGAAAGAACUGGAGUCAGAGCACAACCCUGUUGGAACUGCUGAAGGCUCACCAGGUGUCAUGAAAAAGUCUGACAGUGAAAAUAAAGUGUCAUCACCUGUCAUGCAGGCUCUAGGCUUCUGCCUUUCAAUGUUGACACUGAUGGUCAUACUUCACAACCUAUGGAAUAGGAUUGAAUACAUGACUUGUACAAAGAAGGGUUGAAUGGACUUUUAAUGAAGAAGAUGGAAAGCCCAGGGUCUGCUAUAAAAGCCACUGUACAACAGACGACAAGUCGUGAACCAAGCAUAACUGACUCUCCUC